AUGUCCAAGCUCUUCGACAAGUUCAACGGAGUCUCGGCGUCUGCCACCGCCACGGGCCACAACAAGAAUGGCGAUCUUCCCGCCGCUACGACUUACGACAGCGAAGUCGGUCGCAUCGAGAACGCCCGCGAGGCCAAGCGGAAAAUCGGUGUCACUACCGCCAUCUUCCUGAUCGUCAACCGCGUCGUCGGUACCGGUAUCUUCGCCACCCCCGGAACCAUCUUUGCCCUCUCCGGCAGUGUCGGCCUCGCGCUCUUCAUCUGGGUCGCCGGCAUGAUUAUUGCUCUUGCUGGAACCGCCGUCUACCUCGAAUGGGGCACUGCCAUCCCCAAGAACGGUGGUGAGAAGAACUACCUCGAAUACGUCUUCCGCAAGCCCAAGUUCCUGACCACCGGUCUCUACACCGGAUACGUCGUCCUCCUCGGCUGGGCCAGUGGCAACUCUGUCGUCUUUGGCGAGUACAUCCUGCACGCCGCCAACGUCGAGGUCGACCGCUGGAACCAGCGCGCUAUUGGCCUAGCUUGCAUCACGACCGCCUUCUUGAUCCACGGUCUUGCGCUCAACUGGGGCCUGCGUCUGCAGAACCUCCUCGGCUCCAUCAAGCUCAUCAUCAUCCUGAUCAUCAUCCUCUGUGGCUUCAUCGCGCUCGGAGGUCACGUCAAGCUGCCCGAGGAUCAGAAGCCCAAGAACUUCACCAACGCCUUUGAGGGCACCACCGGCAGCCCCUACGGUGUCGUCACCGCUCUGUACAACGUCAUCUGGAGUUACAUUGGAUACAGCAACGCCAACUACGCCCUCUCCGAGACCAAGAACCCCGUCCGUACCCUCAAAAUCGCUGCCCCAGAGGAGAUCCUUGAGGGCGGCCGCUUAGUUGCCGCGUCGCUCUUCCGCAACGUCAUGGGCGGCACCGCUGAGCGCGCCCUCUCCGUCUUCGUUGCUCUGUCCGCUUUCGGCAACGUUCUGAGUGUCAUCUUCUCCCAGGGCCGACUCGUCCAGGAGCUUGGUCGCGAGGGUAUCUUGCCUUGGUCCCGCUUUUUCGCCAGCAACAAACCCUUCAACGCCCCCUUGGCUGGAUUGUUCGAGCACUGGCUGAUCUGUGUCAUCACCAUGCUUGCUCCUCCUCCUGGCGACGCGUACAACUUCAUCCUCAACCUCAUCAGCUACCCCCUCGCCAUCAUCAACGUCUUCGUUGCCGGAGGUCUGGCUUACCUCUAUCUCAACCGCAAGGAGUGGAACUGGAACCCUCCCAUCAGCGCCACUCUGCCUGUCACCAUCUUCUUCAUGCUCAGCAACAUCUACCUUGUCAUCGCUCCGUUCGUUCCCCCUGAGGAGGGCCAGAACGUCUACGAGAGCCUCCCCUACUACCUCCACUGUGUUGUCGGUAUCGCCAUCAUCGUCGCUGGUGGCCUCUACUGGGUUGUCUGGGCCAAGAUUCUUCCCAAGAUCGGCAGGUACGAACUGGUCCGCGAGACCAUCGUCGACGAGAUCGACGGUUGGGAACGCAACGUCUUCUUCCGCCGGCCGUAUGGCGAGUCUGUUGCUUCGGAGCACCACGCUAUUUCCCCAGAGGUGUCCAAGUGA